AUGGCAGCAGCUGCACGCAAGAAACAAAGCGGCCGCAAUAAAUCCUCCGUCGUCCUCGCCAUCGGCACUACUGCUACUGCAACAACGCCACGGGAUGAUGACACCAAGCCGCAAUCCACGACGCCGCCACGGGUUCCGACGCAAGCAGAAGAGAGAGGGGGCGGGGGACGGCAGGAGCCGAUUGCCGGAAUCUUUCCGCGCGCAGGGCCGCGACCGCUGCCGGCGGUUGUCCUGCAAAGCCUGUUCGGGUGGCUACUCAGCACAGACCUCUCGGCGCUGCGUGCCUCGAGCGUGGCCGCUUCGUCCCCCGAGACGGCGGCGGUGCUGGAGACAACUGUGGCAUCUCUGGUCAAGCACCGCUACGGCAGGGCUAACCCCACAUUGAGGGAGGAAGACACGGGGUGGAGGAGGGAUCUGGAAACCCUCAGGCACGCCGAGUUAAGCCACGUGGCUUCGUUGGUGCGCGGCCCUCAGCGCCCGGGAAAGGGGUACUACCUGUCCAAGUCAUGGGCCGGAAACCUGAGGCGUUACGUGGAGGCGCAGGCCAGGCGCCGCCGCAGCCCCUCCUUCGCGUCGAACUCCGCCGCCGGCUCCGGUGCCACCGUCGGCGGGUCGGGGGGCAAGGAGAAGCGGAGCCGCGGGCGCGAGCGUGCCGAGAGCAACCUCAUGCCUCCCUGGCAAGACGUGAACGCGGACAUCAUGUGCCAGCACAGGGGCCUCGCCCGCUCGUCCCAGGGGAAUCGGGCUAAGCGCCAGGUAGUAGACAAGCGCGUGUGGCGGGAGCUGGUUUUGUUCUUCCCGGCAGCGGUACCGUUCCGCGCGGAGAGCGUCGAGUGCUCGGAGUGCCGGGGGUUGUGCGCCAACGAGCGCAAGGCAGAGGAGGCCGUCAAGAGGCAGAGGGAGCAGGAGAUCGCGCUGCCCGUGCUUAGGGCGCUGUACGGCCGGAAGACGGGGGUGCCAUCCGCUGCCUUGUCGACGCCGCGGGGUACCCCCGGGUCCUCUGCGGGCCCCCCGUCGGCUGCCCGACCCGCAUGCCCGCUGCUGCCCGGGAUAUACCACCUUCUCCCCCGCUACUGGCUAAACGCUUGGCGUGCCUACGUGCGGGAUCCCCGGGCCCCCAGCCCGCGCACGCUGGACACCGCCCUCUUGCUGUGCGAGGGGCACGGCCUCUUGCUCGCACCCCCCCACGUGGAGGAGUUCUUGUCUGGAGAGAGGCGUGCUCUGCUGGGGGGCUUGGACCCCGACCGCAGUGGCUGCGUGUGCGAGGUGGUAACGCCGGAGGAGUGGGACGCUCUCACCCUGUGCUGGCCGGGGCUGUCGCCGUGA